AUGGAGUCAUUUGGAGCCAUUGGUGCAGUUGUUGGGUGCUCUGCGGGCAUUGCUCUGGGUGGGCUGGUGUUUGCAGCCUACAAACUUGGCUUGCUCUACCAGUUGUUCCACAAGACUGAGACAAAGAGCCCACGACACGGCGGCGAGAGCGUGGCAGAGGUGCUCCGUGCCCACGGGGUCAAGUACGUUUUCACCCUUGUCGGUGGACACAUCUCGCCCAUCCUGGUGGCUUGCGAGAAGGUGGGCAUCCGCAUUGUGGACACCAGACACGAGGCCACUGCUGUCUUCGCUGCUGAUGCUGUGGCAAGACUCUCAGGCACUGUUGGUGUAGCAGCAGUGACUGCCGGCCCAGGCCUCACUAACACAGUGACUGCAGUGAAGAAUGCUCAGAUGGCUGAAUGUCCAUUGCUGCUCAUGGGAGGAGCCGCUGGGACACUACUUCAGGGUAGAGGAGCGCUGCAAGAUAUUGAUCAGAUGUCGCUCUUCAAGCCACUGUGUAAGUUCUGUGCCUCCAUCAGGACUAUCAGGGAGAUCGUGCCUACUGUCAGGAAAGCCUUGGCCGUCGCCCAGUCGGGAACUCCCGGUCCGGUUUUCAUAGAGUUCCCCAUCGACACGCUCUAUCCCUACCAUCUGGUGUCUAAAGAGUUUGGAGUUAAGAACCCUCCCAAAGGCCUGAUGGGAAAAGUUGUCUCAUGGUACCUCAAUAACCACCUCAUGAACCUUUUUGCUGGAGCCUGGGAGACCAGAGAUGUGUCUCCACUUCCUGUUGACAUCCCACAAGCCACAGACGAUCAGGUACAGAAGUGCAUAGAGCUAGUGAGUCGAGCCAAAAAACCUGUUAUUCUGCUGGGUAGCCAAGCAACACUACCCCCAACGCCGGUCAAUGAUAUCAGGAAGGCACUGGAGAACCUGGGCAUCCCCUGCUUCCUUGGGGGCAUGUCCCGUGGCAUGCUGGGUAAAGACAGUCCCAUCCACAUCAGACAGAACAGGCGAGACGCUCUGAAGGAGGCUGACUUGGUCCUCUUAGCAGGCACUGUGUGUGACUUCCGGCUGAGCUACGGCAGAGUUCUUAACAGACGCAGUAAGAUCAUCGCUGUCAACAGAGAUAAGACACAGCUGCUGAAAAACUCAGAUAUGUUCUGGAAACCAACUAUAGCAAUUCAGGGGGAUGCUGGUUCAUUCUUAAUGCGGCUUUCUAAAGGCCUGAAGGGCCAUCGCUGUCCAGAGGAAUGGCCUCAGAGCCUCAAAGCUGGAGAUACGACCAAAGAAAAUGCAAACAGGGCUAAAGCUGACGAGAAGACCGAACACCACUUAAAUCCUUUGAAAGUCCUCCACCGUGUGGAUGAGCUAAUGGCAGAGGACAGCAUCAUUGUUGCUGAUGGGGGUGAUUUUGUUGGAAGUGCAGCUUACAUAAUGAGACCGAGAGGACCUAUGCGUUGGCUGGAUCCAGGAGCCUUUGGAACGCUGGGAGUUGGAGGAGGAUUUGCUUUAGGGGCAAAACUGUGUCGGCCUGAAUCUGAGGUGUGGAUAGUGUACGGUGAUGGCUCCUUAGGAUACAGUGUUGCAGAAUUUGACACAUUCACUAGACACAAGACACCAGUUAUAGCUGUGGUGGGAAAUGAUGCAUGUUGGAGUCAGAUAUCCAGAGAGCAGGUUCCCAUACUCGGCAGCAACGUGGCAUGUGGCCUUGCAUUUUCAGAUUAUCAUAUAGUGGCAGAUGGUUAUGGUGGUAAGGGCUACCUUGUAGGCCGUGAGGAUGACGACAGGCUAAGCGACAUCAUCAGACAGGCUCAGAGGGAGACCCAGGAGGGCAAGGCUGUACUUCUCAAUGUUCUGAUAGGGAAGACCAACUUCAGAGAGGGCUCCAUUUCUGUAUAGAGUGUAGAGCCCAGCCCCGACCAGACCUAUGCUAAUCCUUGGUGCCCUUAAAGCCAUAUUUCACUUUGGAGAGAGGAAAUGACUGAACAGUAUGCUGAUCUCUUGUAAAAGUUUACUGUCACUUGCAGUAUCACUUUCUUCCCUCUUCAGGAGUCAAAAAUCAUACUAGUAAUACUUCUGCAAACACCAGAGUGAUGACUCCGAAUAUCAUUGGGUGACUGUUCAUAAACCUGGAAUUAUUAUUAUAAUUCAUAGCCACUUGAUUUAUCAUCAUUUUUGUUUGCGUUAGUUCUACUUCAAUGAAAUACAACAGCUCCAGAUCUGCCAGCCUAGAAACUAAAGCUUUUGUUGUGCGUCAUGCUACUUUCAGGUUCAUGUUGUGCUAUUUUAGCUAAUUGCUGCAUUUUAAGAAGGGAAAGAGUGAAAAGUAAGAAAAUGUUGUUAAGGGAUUUUACCUCUUCAGGUGCUUGGGGUAGUUUUUUUUACCUCCAAACAGCCUAUUAAAACUUUUAUUUCUUGCAAAUAAACCAGUGACUGAAAAUCAUCAUUUGUGAGAGCAUUGGUUUAAGUUAUCAAAUGCAACCAGUAUGCCUUUCCUCCUGUUAUCAAAUAAACACGUAGCCUUUUUAUGAGGAAACAUGAAAUCUUA